CCCUUCCCUCAGCUCAUACUGAUGCCUUUUCCCCCAAUCAGAGACACGGCCACAAGCACCACAGCUGUUGCACUCUGAGGAAUAAACAGAGAAUUAUCAGUAGAGGGAGUUCAGGUUGUGAUGUCCGCAUCUAGGUUUGACCGUGUGAGAGAAAUGCCUCUCUAUGACCAGGUCCCAGUGGGUCCUGGAUGGAGGGACACUGAACUGCCCCCUCUCCCACCCCCACCACCACUACAUGAGACUGUUCCAGCAGUCAGCUUCGAUCCCCUCCCCCCUCCUCCCCUACCUGAGCAGCCAGCUGUGGGACCUGAAUCUUUCUAUCCCUCCAGUGACGAGGAACCAGCUGAGGGGGACUGUGAAGCAAUGGACAUCAAGCCAGUUCGUCGCUUUAUUCCCGAUUCUGUUAAAAACCUUUUCCGGUUCAACAGUGGGAACCGAAGCAGCCAGGGGUGGCCUGUUACUUCUUCUACACAACCUCACUCCCCUGCCCCAUCAGCCAGUAAGAAUACCCCCUGCCACACCACAACAGGAGUGCCCUGCUCACCGCCCAACUCUGCCCCUCCAUCUCCUUCACUUCCUGGCUCUUAUCGGGACCCCUACGGUGGGUCACUGGGGGGUUAUACCUCUCAAAAGGAGAAAGAUGGAUUGAUGCUGGGUGCUGAAGCUAUGGACUUGGGUUCUGCAGUGCACAGUAAUCUCUCAGCCCAGACCUACCAGGAGCGGGUAGAGGAGUACCAUCAGCGCUAUGCCUACAUGAAGUCUUGGGCUGGCCUACUCAGGAUCCUGGGUUGUGUGCAGUUGCUACUUGGAGCUGCUGUGUUCGCAUGUGUCUGUGCUUAUGUGCACAAGGAUAAUGAAUGGUUUAAUAUGUAUGGAUACUCCCAACCACAGAUGUAUGGAGGACUUGGUGUAGGGGCUUCAGCAUAUGGAAAUGGGGGCGGUACCUACACAGGUCCCAAAACACCUUUUGUUCUUGUAGUGGCAGGGAUAGCAUGGAUAGUGACUGUAAUCCUUGUUGUUCUUGGUAUGACUCUGUACUACAGAGCCAUUCUUCUUGAUUCCUCUUGGUGGCCACUGACAGAGUGCUCUAUCAACUUUGUACUGGCAGUGCUAUAUAUGGCAGCAGGGAUAGUGUAUGUAAGAGACACAACCAGAGGAGGACUAUGCAACAUGCCCAUCUUCAAUAAUGGAGUCAAUGGUGCAUUUUGUCGCACAGAGGCUGGCCAAACAGCAGCCAUAGUCUUCCUGUUCCUCACCAUGGUGCUCUACUUUAUCAGUGCAGGAGUUUGUCUGAAGCUGUGGAGGCACGAAGCAGCCAGGAUGAGAAAGGAGGUGCUGGCACAGGAGGUCUGACCCAAACAUCUCUCUUCACCUUCAUGAAUAAAUCUGGAUUCAGCCUCAAGAGCCUCAGAGACGCCUCUUCCUACCAUUCAGCCUGACAUCAUGAAUGCUCCAAACAAUGCUGGAUCUGCUCCUCUCAUGGCAGCAGAACCAGAGAUUCUUCGAGGUCACAUACCAUCUGGUUAUAUUCCCAAACCUGUCAUCAUAGCGGAUUAUGUUGCAAAGUAUCCCAGCAUCCUGUCGGAUGAGGAGAGGGACCAGUAUAAGGCCGUCUUCAAUGACCAGUAUGCUGAAUACAGAGAGCUUCAUGCUGAAGUCCAGAUCAUGGCUAAGAAGUUUGAAGAGAUGGAUGAGAUUAUGCAGAAUCUCCCCUCGAGACCCUCAAGUCAAAUGGAGAAAGAACGGAUUAGUAGCAUCCUAUCGGAAUAUCAAAGGAAGAAAGCUGACCCAACCUUUUUGGAAAAAAGGGAACGUUGUGAGUACCUAAAAAGCAAGCUGUCCCACAUCAAACAGAAGAUUCAGGAGUACAACUAUAUCAUGGACUAGGGCAGUGGUCCCCAACCCCCGGUCCGUGGACCAAUUGGUACCGGGCCGCACAAGAAAUAAUUAUAUAUUUCCG